GCCACCCGGUAAACGACGUCAGAACAAUUCACAUUCCAUAGAUGGCUCAUGUCAGUGAGGAUUCAAAUUUACAGUGGACCACAAGCUCUCUCACCAUUACGUUUCUUGUCUUAAGAUCGACAAGUCUUGAGAGAUCAUGAUCCUCAAGGAUCAGCAAUUCUAUGAGUGUGCCAGAAUCCUCAAGUUAAAUGAUCUUGUUCCAUCAGACCCUGACAAGAAACAAAUCGAGAGAGCCUUCCGCAAACUCGCCCUGAAAACUCACCCAGACAAGGGAGGAGAAGCCAAAGACUUUCGAAAGGUAAAUGAGGCCUACAACCGGCUGAUCGCUCAUAUCACCAAGAUUGAAGCCAUUGAGGCUGACACAGACUUGGCCAAUUCUUCUGUGAUCAUAGAAAUAUCGUCCCAGGCCAUUCCUCAUUGGAUUGAGAGAUUCAACUUGACCUACGGACGACCCAGAACUGACGGUGUGAAACAAACCUUCUUUGAGGGCCCUGUGAAACAAUGGAAAGGCCAUGGAGGUUGCACUGGUUCCCUGAUCAUUUGUCUCUAUGAGGAUCCUGAGGACAAAAUCCCAAAGAUCCAUUGCCGGUGCGAGAAGUUCAUGCGUUGGCUCCAGGAACUCAACCUUCCACUUCACAUGCAUGUACAGAAAGGUCGAAAGAUCCGUUUUGAUCAGUGGCGGAUCAUGAGCAUGGCCGAAUUUGGGUUUUGCCGCUUGUCCCAGGGAUCCUCCGCCCGCCAUGAUUGGAAGGAUCAAAACGCAGCUCGAAAUCAGCAGAAACGGGAGAAAGAGGAUUACGAGCGGAGGAGGAAAGAGGAAGAGGAGCGCAAAAAGAGGGAGGAACAGGAAGAGCGCGAAAGACUGGAGAGGGAGAAGAAAGAGAAGGAGGAAGAGGAACGCCGUAAGAAGAGAGAGGAAGAGGCUCAGAGACCAUGGUGGCACAAGCAUGUUGGUAGGGAUUAUGACUACACCCAGGUCCGUUUGGGGGAGACCACCCCUCCACCGGAAGAUCUUUUUCCGAACCUUUUUGAUCCCAAUAGCCCGUACUUCACUUCCGUAUUCGACGGGCCCACUCCGGAGACUACUCAAGGGUAUAAACCUGGAGCAGACGACUUUUUCGCCUACAAAAAGCCUUCUGAACCAGAAGAGGAAGAGGGUGAAGGUGAAGGUGAGGAGGAGAAGAAGGAAAAUGUUCCAGUGAAUGAAGAAGCCGAGAAGGAUGAAAAGAUGAGGAGCGUGUCUCCGGACCUGGCUCCGGAAGAAUCGGAUCAAGCCCAAGUGCUGCAGGACAUCUUGAACGAGAAGCGGAGCCGAUUUGAUAGCCAGUGCUCGGCCAAAAAGCCCAGACCUGUGAAACCUACUGUGAUAGAUGACAGUGAUAGUGAGUACCGUCAAAAUAUCAGAAGUAUCAUGAAAGGUCUGAAAAGCAAUAAGUCCAAGUCCGGGAAGAAGUCAGGCGGACGCCGGAAGAGCAGCACCCACGAUCUCAAUAAGGAGGCCAAACCCCCGGCAAAAACUGACGAAGCAUCAACAUCAAAGGUUGACGAUGGCAAGGAUGCUCAAUUUGACAAUCUAAUGGGCGAGCAAGACGCACAAGAAAUCUUCGAUGCACACGAUGAGUCUAGCUCUGACCUCGAAAUAACAACAGAUGAAGAUGCACUUUCUUCCCCAAUGGCCACACGCAAAUGGGACAAAAACACUUCGGGUGGGAACACCGAAGCUCGUUUAUCAACCCCUGUCAAGGAUUCAGCCGAUCCGGCCAUGGUUCCAUCUCCUCCGGAUGAGUCAAAUAAGACUCUGAGCCAAGCUACCUUGGCAGAGAAUUGCGAGAAAAUUGACGAGAAAUCAGCGACACCAGCUGAAACCAGCGUGAAGAUUUGUGGUCAAGAAGAAAUUUGUACUCCAAGCGAGGAAGUUCCGUUGUCUGACUUGGAAUUUGUGGAAGGUGUCCAACUAGACCUCCUCCACGUGUGUAUUGAGAAGCCGAUGAUGCUUCCUGAAGAGCUGAGUGAUCUAGGACGUCGACAAUCAGACCCAAAGAUUUCAAAUGAGAAUGAUUUAUGCCCUUUAAAACUGGAGACACUGAGUCAGACCUGCUACAACAAUGAUUGUUCUGAGACAGAGGAAAAUGAGCGUGAACUUGACAAGCAAUCUUUUCCAGCAAGUUCAGAAGAAUUCGUUGCUCAAGAAGGUUACCCAGUGACCAGUCCACCGGAUAUCUCGGAAACAGUAGCAAGUCCAGAAAGCCAGGAAUGUCUUUCAGAGGAAUCUGCGUGGGAAAUCAAACUCGAGCCGCUCUCACCCAGCGCAUCCCCCCAGGAAUGUUUAAUAGAUAUUGUUACGCCGCCAACAGAUGGGAGACACACUCUGAAGCCUUUAAAUUCACCCCCAAUGAGAUCUCGACGUCAAAACAAGCCAUUGCUCAAAUCAGAACCUCACAUUGACGUCAGUCGAGGUCAGGAUGACCCCACAAAAAGUGCCCACCCUGUUGACAGCUCACUCGUCAAAGACAACGGAACAAACGACUCUCCUCGAGCCAAGCACGCUCGGUUCAAGAGACAAAAGGCCAAAUUUCAUCGGUCCCAAUCUACAAACACUUUGGACAAAGUGGGCAAAGAGACGCUGGGAGACUGUCAUUUCCAAGGCUCUUUGAAGGAUGUCAAGGGCGGCAAUCAGGCAGGCAAAUCCGCACAGAAGUUGUUCCAAUCAAAGCAGGACUUACUCAGUCCAAGACGCUUGGACACCUCUGCUCAAGUGGGUAAAUUGAGUGCCAUGUUUGAGCGACAAGCAUCCAUGGAAGCCUUGAACCAUUCCCAAAGGUCAAAGUCCGCUGCUAACACCCCUAGGUUUGAGAGAAAAUCCUAUGGUUCUGGAUGGUCACCUACCUGACAGAAAUGUUGUAGUAGUCUUUCUACUUUUGAAAAAAAAAGCAAAAGGCCAUUCAUUCUUGUAGAUAUCAAAUUGAAUUUUAUAGCUGUUUAAUAGAAUAAAUGAAUGUGCCUAAGGACUUGUAAUUUUA